AUGGCUUAACUUUCAACUAAUAGAUUUUCACUACCCAUCAUUGGAUAAAAAGAUGCUAAGUCUAAAUAAAUGCCAGUAACAAGAACAAUGAGACCUUCACUUUUUCUGAAUUAAAUUGAUAUAAUUCCUAAUUCAUUAAAAACUGAGGCAGAAGCAACCGAUAGAAGCAUUUCAAAACCUAUUCAUACCUAAAUUGAAAGCGAUCCUCUCAUAGAGGUUUCAUAUCACUUUAAACUUCCUAAAUUAGCCACUUAAAGAGCUUAAAAGAUAUAGCAGUCACUACCUGAUUUACCUCUUGUUAAUUAAGAAUCAAGAAAUGAUUCUCCAAUUGAUUAUUAAAGACCAUCUAAGAGAACUAGAUUAUUUUUGAGAAGAUAAGAUUCAAAAUUAGAUGUUCCAGUACUUAAAUUUCAAAGGAAGAGAGUAGAAUUCAAAAAGUCUUUAGUAGUGAUUGAUUUAGAAACUGGCAUCAAAGAUAGAUAGGAAUUAAAUGAAGUGAAGAAGCCAUUAAGAAGAAUUGCACAUUAAAAAACAAGAUCUUAUCAGAAGAAAUUAGAAUGA